GCUCCCUGGUCCCUGGGAGAGGGAUUGCCGGCGCAGGCUCUGCACUGCGCGUCGCUACGGCGCCCGUUCUCAGACCCCGCGGUAUGCGUUGCCGGUUUUUAUCGCAUAUCUCCGCGCUGCCAUGAGAAUAUUUUCCAGCUGUCCUUCACCGCAGCGUCGUCUGGUGGUCGUCGCCGCAUCUUCCCGCAGAUACGUACGGCAGCAUAUAUAGUGAACGCGUGUGCAGAUCGAUAGAUCCAGAAAAAGCUUGCUGGAGCUGGAGUUCACCAGGGAGUGCAGAUGGUCAAAAACACGUUAGGAGAGACUACGGCACGUAGCUGCACUGAUUUCGUAAACACUAUCUUGUUAUUUAUGUCGCCAUAGGUAAGACGAAGUUGUGGGGAAGGUCAUCUACUCUACUGUACUGCGCCCAUGAACAUCCAAAUGCAACACAGGACAAAACAAGAAAUUUUUGGUGCUCUUGUGAUUUUUUGUGUAACGUAACACAAAAACAGUCUCUGAAAAACUGUCAACAGAUUCGUGAACUUGUGACGAUGAAUCCAAACUGAUCGAGUGUUGCGAGACAGUAAAUACGAUUCUCUGGGCUAGAAGGAAGGCGCAGAGAAAUGAUGAGAUUAAUGAACCUCUCAGUACUUUUGAAACUAACUUUGAAGACAGUUGGAGCUGCCCCCGUGGUGAGAUAGGUGGUGUGUGGAAGAGUUAGGUUGUGCUGGAGUAAAGAUUAGUUCGAUACUGAAUCAAGGUAAAAGGUGUAGGAAGAAGUGAAGUGGUGAGGUUAAGGCCUAGUUGUGCGGAGAGUAUUGGCAAGGGCUUCCUGUGACUGGCGGGUAGCCGGUGUGUUUAUGGUGGCAGCUGACGGCAGCCACCACGUGAUCGAUAGCGGCGAGGUCAGAGGGAAGUUGUAGAGGUCAGCCGAGAUCGACCCGCUGGCUGACAGCGCCGUUUCCGUCAGCAUAGGGCGUACUCCUUUGGGGGUGUUCUAUAAGGAGCGUGUGCGUGUUGCGUGCGCAGCGCACGCCUGCGGUGCUGCGUGCGUGCGUAUCGUUUGAUCCGAGCGAUGACGUGUUCCGAGUCGGUGCGGAAUCCGCCUUUCUGGAUUAUCCCGCGAUCUGCCACACCCACCAGCUGCGUGUAGUCCGUGCCGUGUUGUCAGCGCGAGCCUAAUGCGGAGAGACGGGGGCGGCUGUUACACAACGGAUCUGCUGCCGACAGCUCCGGGCUAAUCUUCCACCAUUGUCACGGCGCUACAAUAGUAGCCACAGCCGCAAUCACUGGUUUUCCGAGAGAGAAUUCUCUCUCUCUCUCUCUCUCUCUCUCUCUCUCUCUCUCUCUAUCUUCCCCACCUCUCCCAGCACAUACAACGAAUCGAUUUUCGCUGGCUGCAGUUCCCACCAUUGAAAGGGCCGUCGCCAGAUGUCUACACCGCUACACCGCGCAAUCAAUAAGCGUGUACACAUUUCCCGCUCUACCCCGAGUUCCAAAAUAGCUGCGACGUAGCAGACAGCUCUGUUCGUGCUCCAUGGCAGUCAUUUCCAACCCCUCUUGCACCACAGUACAGCCGUUCGACUCUGAGAAGCUAAAAAAAUCGUUACAGCUGUCAUUGUACAAACAGACUAACCAUCGUCUGUGCGUACUGUUUUGCCAUCCAAAACCUGUACCUGAGCUUCUCAGGCACUGAAAUGUCCGACGAAAUUGACUAUAACUGGUGAGCAAUUUUCUAGGAAAGCAGCCAACAUUACACGUUUCUAUGGCUUAUUCUCGUUCAGUCACAGUCAAUAUAGCUGCGACGUAACCAGCAGCUGAAUUACUGCGUGGUAGUUAACCAUCCCCAGCGCCGCCUACAACCUUGCGGUAAACGGAAAAAAUUUUGGCCCAAUUGUGUCAUCCGGGCAUUACAUAAACAGACGAACUACCUUCUACCUUUACUAUUUUGCCAUUCAAAACCUUUGCAUGUGCUUGAGAAACGUCUCCAUCGAUUUUGAGUAGAGGAGGGUAAUUUUAUUGUAACGUAAUGUUGUUUUGCUACUAUCUCGUUGACGGAUUCCGUUUUCGAAGUCUUCUUGCCAGUGAUUAGCCGCUGUUCGUUUACAUAUAUAGCUCAGUGUCGUCCCUGUUAUUUGUUGUAAUUGUUAAAAGCAUCUGGAUUGGUGAAAGCAAAUUUAUCUCCUCGCUGUUCAAUAAACUCUGUGCUCGUUGUUAAGUCACAAAGAUACCCAUACUGAGGAGUUUCGCUGUACUAACUAUUGCAAAGCGAAACAGUUUUUGAAAUUCGGCCUGUCUAAAGAUUUGUCAUCUAUUGCGUUUCCUCUCCUUUCUCCGUUUUAUGAAAGAGGAAGUAAACGGAUACUGAAUCGUAGGGGAAGACACUCAGGUUUUUUUUUGUAAUGUUUUGUAAUUUGAAUACUUGGGCGGGACACCCAGAAAACGCAGUAUUGGAAGGACGUAGCUCUUCGUAUGAGUCACGACAUUUACCGAUACAGAUUAAUGGUGAAAUCCACCUUGUGCUGAGCUUAGGAAUUUUUUGAAAUUUUUGUAGUUUGUGGAGGUUGCUCAGUUGAGACUACUUCUUGUAGACCAUUUUUACAAACUUCGAAAGAACGAGGUGGUGACUCGAAGUGUAAGAAACGGAAUUUAUUUAAAACUGCAACAUUGUUGUUUACUUGAUUCUCCGACAGAGAACGAUUUUUUUUAUACUCGCCUUAAAGAGACGGUGCAUCUAGUUGGAAGCAAGCUAGCUCUUCAAAGGAGCCCGCAACAUUUGUUUACCGUUUUCAAGCAUUUCUUUAAGAAGAGUAUAUUUUUCUUGAGGAGUACAGACCGUUUUGUAUAUCUGGAGGAAUUUCGUGGCCUCGUUUUCGGAGAAGGAAUUCUGUGAUUCAUUUUUUUACCACUGACGAAUUUUAUAGCUCGCAUUGAGACCUAGAAGUAAGGUGUUGUUGCGUAGACUUUUGUACUAACACAGAAUAGCACGUUGAGUUUUUUUUUCGCUCAGUAGUGCCGUAGCUGUCCUUUCGGCAAUCGUACUUGUACCCCUUUUUGCCGUCAAAAAUAUACGAGCUUAAAUUAGUCGAUAGCUAAGACUGCUAGAGGUAGGAGAUUUCGCGUCGAAAAGCGUAGUUCGAGUAGCAUAUAGGUACGUUACUAGUAAGGUGUACUUUCUCCCUUUGCCGCUGUUCAGAAUUCUCUCACGGUAGAUGCUAGCUGGCGCACCUGAUUGUCAGACUAACAGGUUUCCCCCGCAAUACCCACAUUCACCUCCCGACAGUUUUUGUUGGGCAACUCGAUAGCUCAGCACACCCUAGACAUGUUCCGUUCGCUUUUUGGUAGAACCCUCGUAGUUUACAGAUCCCGCUAUUCCCGCUGUUGUUGUAGUCAGAAGACUUUUUAAGUAUCCGGUUGUUCUUGUUACUGACGUGAUUUCUGGCAAUCAUCAAAGUGGCUGUGUGAGAAAAUUUUUUGCUAAAAGAGAGGAUAACGACAAAAAUCUUCAGUCAGAUAAAAAGGAUAUAUUUUGAGCAGAAAUAAGUCAGGAAAAUUAGCAUUUUUUGGAAUACAGUUUUUCUCUUUCUUAUUUUGUAUUAAUCCGAAGAGACGGUGUAGUUUAUUUCUUAAAAGGUUUUUGAAGAAUGUGUAAAACGUAAGAAUAGUUCUGCGGUUUUUGUCGUGAAACGUGACAUCGAACGAAUUAGUUGUCUCGUAAAACAUUGUAAAGCAGCUCUUGUGAAAUUCAAGCACGGAUUUUAUCCUGUUUACAGUUAAGCAGUGAUCUGAAGUAACUUUGCGCUUUCUCGAGUUGCAUACGUAUCUGUUACAAUCUGUAUACUAGAGAGCCAGGGUCCAUCUUCCAAGAAAUUUUGUUGGGAAGGUACUAGGUAACGGAAAGUCUGUUAUUAGUGGUGGGCCAUUUCAAAACACCACGUGCUUUCUAACGUCUGCAGACGAGAACGGUUUUCGUUUCGCAAAUGUGCAGCCGUAUGUAAUAAACAGUACGUUAAAAUUUGCGGUCACCAUUACGUACACAGAGUGAUAUUCUGAAUACUGAGUGCGUCUUCCAGUGCGAAAUUAGCCAAUCGUGAAUACGAGCGCAGUUUAGCAAAGCCCACAGGAGCGUCAUUCACAUUAGAAGCCGAUCAGGGAGCCUCUUCGAAGUUACUCGUAGUUGUGCACCGUUAACUUCACGCGGCAGUAUCUUUGCAUUGUAGUCUUUUUAGCGCAGCGCAGAGCAUCUAUAAGACAACUUCUUCGUGCAAGUAGUCGAUUUCUCACGAUCCAGUGCGCCGUUUCUUAUCUCAGUACAUAAGUAAACUUGGUCGACACAGACUUACAAGUUUCUAGUUCUUCACUGUUAAAACUGAAAUUGUGAAGAUCCUUUGCCUCUACGAACAAGAAAAGUGUGUGAAAUGAGUCUGGGAAUAACAAGUUACCUUUAAAGAAACAAGUUCUAAAACUUCACAGAAGGUUGAAGACACAACUUUUGAACUGAGUCUCUCAGCAAUCACAACGAUUGCUAAAGAUUAGGUUUUGCAACAGUUGGUUAAGCGGUAAAUAUAUCUACAGAUAGACGAGCAACUGGUGGAAAGUGAAGUAAGUCCAGUGAUUAAGCGUCAUUAGAAGUUUAACCAAGAGUUGUACGACCCCAAGAAGGUGGACCAACGAUUAUAUGACGCUGAAAAGGUGCGCCAGUGAUUAUUAAGACUGCGAAAUCAAUACUUAAAAUUUUCACCAGCGAUCAGAAUUACAUGGAGACUGAUCACGGCUCAGACAUAUCCCAUGAAGUUUUGUCAGUGAUCUACUGUGAUCAGUCAGUGAUCAAACCUAUCUAAAGCUUCCAACAGUGGUGGGAACUGCUGAGGUACUCUUUGGAUGUGUCUCUAUUUCACCAAUUGAUCAGAACUACCUCAAGUCCAGCCAGUGGUCAGAAGUGCUAAGUGGACGCCGUGGUCAGAAGAACCUCAAAUUCUGUCUGUGAUCCGAAGAUCUCUCAAGUUCUCCGAAGAUCCCUCAAGUUCUGCCAAGUGAGCAGAAGAACUACCAAGUUCUCUGUAAUCAGAAGAACCCCCAAGUUCUGCAAGUGAGCACGAGGACUGCAAUUCCUGGCAGUGAUCAGACGAUCCCCAAGUUCAGCCAGUGGGAAAGAACCUCCAGCCAGUGACCACGAGAACCCUAAUUCCAGCCAGUGAUCCCCAUAUUCUGCCAGUGAUCAGAAGAUCCCCUAAUUCUGCCAGUGAUCAGAACAUCCCCAAAUUCUGCCAGUGAUCAGAAGAUCCCCAAUUUGUACCAGUGAUCAGAAGAUCCCCCAAGUUCAGCCAGGGAUCAGAAGAUCCCCCAAAUUCUGACAUCAGAAGAUCUUCAAAUUCUGACAGUUAUCAGAAGAUCCACAAGUUCAGCCAACGAUCAGAUCUACCUCGAGUCCAGCCAGUGGCUGGAAGAACCCUGAGUCCAGUCAGUGAUCCGAAGAUCAUUAUCCAUUUGGCAAUCGAUCAAAAGUUCUCAAAUCAGGACCACAUUUGGGGCUAAUUGAAUUUGGAUCAGCGACCAGAGAUACCUGGUGCUAGACACGAGGUCAGUGAUCAAUAGCAGGAGUGUGUUACGUUGGGGAAAGAAGGCUGUACAAGAACUGUGAAGAGAGUCUGAGGUGUUGGGAGGAGAACAGAGAGUGCGGUGGGCCUGGGAUGUGAGAGUGCAGUUUGGAGAUGGCGACGACAGCGACGCCGCCCCCAGAGAAGGCCGCGGCGGCCGCCGCCGCCCCCAGACCGGCGCGCCGCCCCACGUCGCUGUGCGACCCGCCGGCGGCGCUGCAGCAGCUGGAGGCGGCCGCCCCCGGGGGCCGCAGCCGGCGGCCGGACCUGGGGCUGGCCUUCUCGCGCCCACACGCCGACAAGGAGCGCCGCCUCCUGGCCGAGCAGGCGCGGGGGCGGGCCCGCCUCCAGAGGCGAUCCCUGGGCCGCGAAAUCACGUACCAGCAGAUGACUACGACAGAGUCACUCCUGGCGAGACUGAAUCUGAUGCCAAAGCCAGUGGGACAUUGCAACAAAGAGGGCAGUAUGCAGGAACCAAAGGAAGAAGACGAGAAGAAUGAGUCAAAGAACGAAUUAGAAGAAGUGGAGACUGAUAGUAACUCCAGGCUGGAAGCGAGCAGGACAGAACAGCCGUCACCCGGCCAGCAGGAAGCCGAGGAACGGAGGCCGGUGCUCCCGCACGACAGCCCAAUGUCGACGUCGGAGCCCGGCUGCGACCGGGACCGGCUGACCUCGCUGUACCACGGCACGUGGCCCGUGGAGCACAGCCUGUGGCACAGUGGGCCCAGCUCCCUGGGUGCUGGUGGCAGCGGCAACCCCAGGGGUCUCCAUGCACAGCUCAACGGCAGCCAGGAGAUAUCCAGCACCGUAAGCUUUACAUCGUCUAACGGCGCGGGCCCCCCAUCCGGCGCAUGUUCCCUGGAGAGUGAGCGCCGGUCCUACAGCUCCCAGCAGCUGGGCCACAAGGUGGACAUGGUGUACAACCUGCUGUCGAUGCUGCGCCACGAGCGCCAGGACAUGAGCCGCACCCUGCUCGCCAUGUCGAGCUCGCCCGAGAGCUGCGCCGCCAUGCGCCAGUCUGGCUGCCUACCUCUGCUGGUGCAGCUGCUGCACUCUCCGGGGCAGAGUGCGGAGGUGCGGGCGCGAGCUGCGCGUGCGCUGCGUAACGUGGUGCAGGCGACGCCGGAGCCCGACAGGCGCGGGCGACGCGAGGCGCGCGUGCUGCGCCUGCUGGAGCAGCUGCGCGAGUACUGCGAGACCCUGAGGGCCACACUGCAGGGGCAGCCCUCCCCACAAGAUGAUGAAACAGACCACCACCCUGGUCCAGCAAUUGCUGCACUAAUGAAGCUAUCGUUUGAUGAAGAGCAUCGCCAUGCCAUGUGUCACCUAGGUGGACUGCUCGCUGUUGCAGAACUCAUACAGAUGGACCACGAGGCCCACGGUGGAGCGACAUCCGACCAGGCGUGCGUGACACUCAGGCGGUUUGCCGGAAUGGCACUGACGAACCUGACGUUUGGCGACGGCGCCAACAAGGCUCUGCUGUGCUCGCUGCGGCCCUUCAUGAGGGCGCUCGUCGCACAGCUGGCAUCUCCCAGCGAAGACCUCCGACAGGUGACGGCAAGUGUGUUGCGCAAUUUGUCAUGGCGUGCGGACGGAGCCAGCAAGCAGGCACUGCGUGAGGUGGGGGCAGUCCCUGCACUCGUUCGGGCUGCUAUGGCUGGCACGAAGGAGGCGACACUCAAGUCUAUACUGUCUGCUCUCUGGAACCUGUCAGCACACUGCAGCAUGAACAAGGUUGACAUAUGUGAAGUUGAGGGAGCGCUUGGAUUUUUGGUGGAUAUGCUGAGCUAUGAAGCCCCAUCAAAGACACUGGCCAUUGUCGAGAAUGCUGGCGGCAUACUACGUAACAUCUCGAGCCACAUUGCUGUGAGGGAAGACUACAGGCAAAUCUUGCGGGAGCACAACUGCCUGCAGACACUGCUGCAGCAGCUGAAGUCGCCAUCGUUGACAGUGGUGAGCAACGCGUGCGGUGCCCUGUGGAACCUGUCGGCACACUCCGCACGCGACCAGCGCGCACUCUGGGAGCUGGGCGCUGUCGCGAUGCUACGCUCGCUCGUACACUCCAAGCACAAGAUGAUCUCCAUGGGUUCGUCUGCUGCUCUCAAGAACCUGUUGGCCGCACGCCCCCACCAUGAGGCACUCUUUCCCAUGGAUGCCACAGCCAAAGGCAUGGGCCUCCCGCAACUGCCCAGCCUGUACAUCCGCAAGCAGAGGGCACUGGAGCAGGAACUGGACCAGACGCUGGCCGAGACGUGCGACAACAUCGAACCCAGCACGUCGCCCCCGCCCACCGGCGCGCGCUCGUUCCACUCGGACAGCGGGGCGGACCGCCUGACGAGGAGCGGCCACCGGGCCAGCAGUUUCUACCACCAGCAGCACUCUGUCAGCAGGUCCGAGAGUAAGGAUUCUGUGACGAGCACCCAUUCGGACUCGGUGUUUGAACGCGCCAUGCUGGGGUCGAGGGUCCCUCCGUCGACGGCUCGGCUGCUGCGCCACCGUGGACUGUGCCCGGGCACCGUGCCCGAGGAGGACAGGGCAUCCACCGGCAGCAGGGAGAGGCGCUCGCAUUCGCUGCCACACGCUGCCAGACUGAGCUCCGAGGAAUCGAGAGGGGUCCGGCCGCUGAGCGCUGCAGGGGAGAUUCAGACUGAACCUAGGCGCAGCGAUUCUGCAUCGCCGGAGAUUCGUAGUGGCUAUUCCUCUCUACGCGCGGCAACGUCUUCGGUCUCGAGUGAACGGUUUGACCGAUCAUCUACAAGUAAUACUGUCGCCACCGUAUCGACGGCGACGGUCCGCUGUGAGUACGUUGCAGACGUCAGUACUACAGCGAGAAAUGGAUUGCCCACACCAGAACUCUCGAAUGAUACAGAGCCGUACCCUCAAGUGACGGCCAGAGCACCUGUCACAACAGCAGACCUUCCGCUUACAAGUGCGCGAGUUAAGGCAGGAGCAAUGUACAAGAAGAAACUGAGCAGCGUGUACGGGGAUUACGCGGAGACGGACUUGGACCAGCCGACAGACUACAGCCUGCAGUACCAGGAGGAGGAAGACGAGGAGAGUGCAGAAGCUGCUCACAGGCAGCUCCACGGGAGUGACCAAGACCGUGUCAAUUACUACAGUGACGCUGCUCACGAAGACACCUUGAAGACGUACUGCACAGAAGGGACACCUUACGAGACACCGUACAAUUUCUCCACUGCGACCUCCAUGUCUGAUCUGAGAUGUGAACCGCCUACCCCACAGUCGGAAAAGGUGAAGGAGGAAGAAGUCGAAGCACCGCAUGCGGCAUCCGAUGAUGCCAACCCAGCCGAGGAGGAAGUGGCUGCUGAGAGACAGCUGAAGCCUGCAGUGGAAGUGCAGGCAGAGGCGACACCUGCCGGCUUUGUGUCCCCUGAGAAGCCCGUCGCGUACUGCGAGGAGGGCACACCCUGUUUCUCCCGCGUGAGCUCGCUCAGCUCCCUGGCCAGCCACCCCGCGGCGCCGGACGACCACCGGCACCUGGUGGGCGCCGCGGCGUCCGCCCAAGCCACUGUGCCGACCGGACGAGCUCUGCACCCGCAGGAGACAGUCGUGGAGGAGGCCAAGGAGCAGAGGGAUGGCGCAUGUGCUAACAAAGUCGUCACCUUUGCUGGAGCAGAGGAGACACCACUGAUGUUUUCUCGAUGUAGUUCUCUUGGGUCACUGAGCAGCUUCGAGCAACAUUCGAUACAUGAUGACCGCAGCUCUGUCAUAAGUGAUUUCAGCCGGAGGACGAGCGGUGCCGUAUCUCCCAGCGAGCUGCCGGACUCGCCGACACAGACGGUUCCUCCGAGUCCCGGCCCCCACCACUCCGGGCCGGCUUCCGUCACUGGAGCGCCUGCCCGGUCCGGCCACAGGGCUGGAGACUUUGUGGGCCGUCUGCCAGAGAGGACGCACCUGCUGCCGGCCGCCAGGCACCACGGUGGCAGAUCGAACGCUCCCAAGGCAAGUGUAUUUGAAGAUGAUGUAGCAGCAUUUAAGGAGGAGGACACACCUGUGGAGUUUUCGAGAGCAACGAGUCUCUCGUCACUGACCAUUGAUGAUGAGCCAAAGAUCUCAAAUGAUACUCUUUUGAAGGAAGUUCGUACGACACCCAGGCAGUCCCCGUCGCUGCAGGUGACGUCCGAAGAGGACGGCACGGAGAAGCAGGACCGCGAGAAGGGCACGGAGUGCGGCGAGCUCCCUCCUGUCAGCGAGGGCGAGGAGGAGGCUGACGAGGACAUGCUCAAUGCGUGCAUCAGUGUGGGGAUGCCUGGCACCAGCAGGCAGCGGCACUACGACAGGCUGGGCCACCGUUCAGCCGGCCACGCGAACCGGAGCCCGGGCCGCCCCAGCGGCAUUCCGCUCAAGGUGGGAGCUGGCCCUCGCAGGCAUGCCAAAGUGGUGGCUGCGCCCCAGCCGCAGAACAACUACGUAGAGCAGAUGAACGCCGGAGGUCCGUGUGAGGACACUGUGCGCACCUACUGCACCGAGGGCACUCCAGCAGCCGGUCUGUCUCAUGCCGGCUCGCGUUCCGACCUCUCUGUGUUGUCGUUACCGGGGACUGGCACGGGAACAGGGGACCUCUCGGACGACAACUUGUCAGCUGGCGGCGAUGAUAACAUGCUGGCAGAAUGCAUCCAGUCUGGCAUGCCUAAGGCUAAGACGCCCAGCACCUCGACGGUGCUGCACCGGCCCGCGGCUGCUGCGGACACCGCCUCAGCUGCCCGCGUGGUGCCGAGGCGUGCGUCCUCGCUGUCCUCCAGGCUGCGCGUGCCGCCGCCGGGGCAGGCUGCCCAGGACGAGCUCGAGACGUUUGCCACCGAGGACAGCCCGCACAACUUCUCGGUGCGCUCUUCUCUCAGCGACCUCACCACGGGCUCGGGAGAACCUGCAGUACUGUUGAAGAGACCUUCACAAGGACACCCCGUGUUUGAGAAUGGCUGCAGCAGUAGCAGCCUACCGGUGCCCGCAUACCCGGAGGGUGCUGUGCCCCCAGCUAGGGGCACUUCUCCCAGUUCUUUGGAUGCCACCACGGUGGAGGACAACAGCUGCCAGGCUUCAGAGGAGCUUGGUGUGAGCUGCGCAUCAGCGUCCGAAGAAGUGCAGACUGUACUCAGUCGUGGGGGAUCCCUGAGUUCACUGAGUGUCGACUCCCUUGGUUCGACGGAGCCGACGCCCUCGGAGCAGGCUCUGCUGGAACAGUGCAUCAAUUCUGGAAUGCCAAAGAGCCGCGGAUCGUCCUCUCGGGCUGCUGCCUGUAGAAUUCCCCUGCCGGUGGACCGAAACAUGCAAGCACAGAAGCCAGAGGUGCUCAGCCGAACGCGGAACCACGAGCACGGCAUCUCACAGCUCGAGUCGAGAAUGGCGGUCCUGUCUCUGAGGACGGCCGACGACGACGGAAGCCGACCGCCAAAAAACGAGAGGCUGCCGCCUCCUCCUCCUGCUGCUGCCCAGACUGCGGCGGACGGCGGAGGCGGCGCAAGCACCACCACCACCGUCACCACCACAGACACGGUCACCAACAGCAGCAAGCCGACGGAGCAGCUGCAUCCUCGAGCACAUCCGCUGACUGGACCGCCCUCGGGAGGAGCACCGGACAGCAGCCCGACUGUUCCUGCCGGAGGCCUCCCCGCGGCCGUCGGUAGAGUCUGCGGUGCGAGCGGUCACCUGGUAGACUACGAGUCUUGCCGGACGGAAAUUGGCAGUAAAAGUGACUCGACGGCAAGUGACGAAAUGGAUAAUAGGCUUCGCGAUACGGAUGCGAGGGAGACUUUGCCAGCAGGCGACAGUGGCAGUUCUAUGAAUAAGACUGACAUAGACAUUCGACGGAGUAGAGUAGCGUAUACUGGUGACGUGGACGGGGAACGACUGCCGAGUGAGGAGAGACUCGGUGGGGAUGUCUUUGUGGUGGAUGGCGUCACACCGACAGACACUUGUACUUCAGAUCUCGCACCGGUGUGUGUCGACAACAGGCUGUUAGAUGCAACAGUAAGAGAAUCAAGGACAGUACGUAACGUUCUGCCGUGCCAUUCGCCAGAAAUUUUUGUGGAAACUGAUAAGAAUGAACCACUUUAUGAUAAUGACAUCCGAGAUAUGAAAGGUGUUACGGAAGAGCGUGAAGUUUUCAAUAAUGAAACUGAAGCCUAUUUAGUUGAAUCUCGUAUCUCUGCAGAUUGUUCAGAGGAUGUUAAGGAUUCUGUUGACGGUAGAGUGCCUGCUGAUGAGCCCUCAUUAUUGGAGAGUGAGCUGAAGUUAAGUGUAGAAGUGCCUCACUCGAUGCCGAGUCCCGAUAAGCUAAAAUGUACAGAUCGGGAGUACUUGUUAGGGGACCAGUUAGAUAUCUCUCCAAAUGACAAUAUUAUGUCACUGAAUGUUGAUAUAGACAGUAAAAAACCAUACGAGUUUCAGUGUGAUGAAGACCGUGUCCCAGAAAGUGUACGAGAUGUGCUAAAAGAACAGUUUGUGUCUGAUGGUGACGAACUCGGUUGUGCAGAGGAGGAACAUCGAGGAGUAGAUGCACAAGUGACAGCUGUCUGUGAUAGUGCUGAAAAUAUCCUCAAUCUUGAUGUGAAAGAGGAAGAUGACAGUCCUGUGGAUGGGUUUUCUGACAGGGCUUUUGUCAAUGGACCGGAUGUCGUCACUCUCGGAGACCUCGAUAACGCUCGGUCAGUUCUCGACGAACUGGAUAAGGACAGCAUUCCUUGUAAUGACAUAUACGGUGAAUCUGCAGAACACCUGCAGGUGGCAGCAGAGGCGUGUACUGACAUCAGUGACGUCAUGAUUGGCCUGCUGGACAAUUUGGAGCGUGCAGAGGGUGCUGUCGGUGCCCUAGGAGUCGCCGAUCUCUCUUGUGCUUCGGAGGCAAAGUUGGCAUAUAAAACUGAUCUGCAUGAUGAGGCCUCAGUCCAGUCAGAUAAGUUUGCAAGUGCACCUGAUUUGAGACAAGAGGUUAAGAGUUCAUUAUUGAGGUCUGAAGCUGUUGCCGCUCUAAGCGAAGCAGCUGUGACAUCUUGCGAGAUUGUGGGUCCUCGUAGUGAAUCUAACACCAACUCACUUUCAGACGUCAAUCGGCACGACGGUGACGUUCCCACAGCAGUUGGCGAAGAGGUACCGUGCUCAGCACGAGCUGUCGCCACAGCUACUCCGGCCGAUGCGUCGCCGAGGAGAGGGAGACGAGACUGCAAACCAUCGAUCCAGAGGCUGCUGAGUGAUAUUCAGGAGCACACCCUCGUCUCGCCUACUGACGGCUCCGGUUUACAACUCGGUCUCGAAUCCACAGAAACAGAUUUAGAGAUGCCGGCGAACGUAGUGCCCGAUGACCGUACAUAUUCUCUGGACUCUCUCAGCCCCGACUCCAAUCUCAACAGGCCCAACAUAGCGACACCCGGCUCGUAUUCGUCAGAGUCGAAACAGAAGGAGUCUCCCUCGGGUGACAGGUUGCCGGAGUGGCCGACGGAGGAGAACGCUGCAACCAAGGUGGAAGGCGCCGAGUUGGUGGAAGGUGCUUUUGGCUCGGUGCGGCCCAGGCUGCCGACUGGUGACCACACGAUAUCUGAUGUCGAUUCUGUGCAGACGCCUUCACCACUAGAUGCUGGUGGACCUUUGGGGAGGACCGGAGUUCUAGACUCGACUAUUGUAAUGCGACAGAGCUAUGGUGCUGGGGACACGUGGAACGAAGAGGUGUCACCCAAUGACGUGUCCUUCCCGAGCCUGACAGUGCCAGAAGGAAGCGAAUCGACCGAACUCGACGCCGUACGUCCUCCGUCGCUGAUGACCAGCCUCAUCUCCAUGACGACGAGCUCCGAGACCGGCGCCGCGUUGGCUGCCGAAGCGGAGGCUGUGGCAGCUGCCAUAAAUGUCACCACACAGCAGUCGGGUGGCUCGGUGCGGCAGAACCGUAAGAGAUCUCUGCCCAGUCUCAUGGUGCGGAGGGCUCUCGGCAGCCUGGAGAACUUGUCCGGGGACAACGGCUGUGUGAGUGCUUCUAGCAGCUGCACUUCGCAGCUGGACCACGUACGGCCCCCGGCCGACAUGGAGAGCAGCAUGCUGAGUGUCGCCAGUAUCACCUCUGAGGUUGCCGAGGUGGAGGAAGAUCUACCAGACGGGGGAGCCAGCUGCAGCACCGGCGGGGAAGACCUCACGGAGUCGGGCAGUGGAGGGGGCGGAGUAGGAGGAGGUGGCGGCGGGGGGACGGCCUCCCCCGUCACUUACGGUACGACUGCCAAGCCGGCUUCACAAUCUAGGAUAGCGACGAGACAGACGCCACGGCAGAGGAGGCAAGCCGCGCGCGACCGCUACCGCACUUAUACCGUCAACACGGCGGCGGCCGCCGCUGCAGAACUUCACGCGACGAUGGCCAGUGAGACGGUGGAGGAAGCGAUGGAAGCCACCACACCUUUAGCGGAAGAGCCUCCUCCGUCAGAAAUUUCACCACCACCAGAGAACGAAACUGGCAUUCGGACGGGUACGUACCGAAUCACACCGAAGCAGAGGAGGCAAGAGGAUCGGCAGCGGUUCCAGACACAGGUGCUGGACAAGCCGGCUGUCGCAGUCGCGUCCCCCACCACCCAGAGCCGAGAUAUCGCGAUGAGCCCACCUACGGCAGAGUCUACUCCUAUGGCGGCGGUCGCCGCAGCCAGGAAACAUCGCAGGUCUGCCGAGAGCCGAGACAGGUUCAGGACGCGCACUCUGGAUGGGGACAGAGACCUGAAAGCAGCUGAAGAUGCUGAAAACCACUCGCCUCCGUCAGCGGCGGACGAGCUGCUCCUGAACAGCCUGCUGGAGAGGGAGGCGCACAUCCUUGCCGAGGAGGUGGAGACGCUGCGCACGGGUGACAGUCUGCUGCUCGAGUGCGAGACGCUGAGCCUGGUCAGCAUCGACAGCGAGAACACGAGCGAGUCGGGCCACGGCGUCGAGGGCUCCAACGGGGACGAAGACGUCGAGGUUGAAGUUGAAGUCGAAGUUGAAGUCGAAGUGGGAGCGGGCCCUCCACACACGGAGCUCCUCCACCCCGUGCUCGACGACGAGGGGGAGGAGGGCGACGUGGAAGAGAAGACGCUGAGAGCGGGCGGCUGCGACACGCCGGAUCCCGACGACGUGCUCGGGCUCGGCGACGCGGAGGAGGCGGCCGGGCCACGGCGGCAGCGGACCGCGUCAGAAUGCAUUGCGUACGGAGAGGCCGUGCCGGCAGAAGUGGACCUCGUAGGUGGCAGUCCGGUGGUGGCGAAGGAGGAAGAGCGAGAGGAAGGGCUGUCUGAAAACUCUGAAGACCAGAGUUUGUCAACGGACGAUGAAGAGUGUGCCCAGAAGAAACCGAGGAUUGUGAAACCAGUCACGAGGAGUCGUGACGGGAGUGCCGACGGCAGCCCGAAGCCGAUAAGAGGACGGCGUAAACCUCUGCGUGCCGGUCGGAGUGGCAUACCUGUGACGGCUGUGGCUCCUAUCAAGGUUCCUGUCGUUCAGACAGCGAAAGUGCCGCAGCAGAAGCUGCAGCAGCCGAAACAACAGCAGCAGCAGCAACAACAACAGCAGCAGCAGCAACAGCAGUCGCAGAUACCAGUCCAGCAGCUGCCUGUGGCGCCGGCACCGCUGGAGUCAGAGCAGCAGCAACCUGACCCACGUUUUCGACCACCGGAGCGUCAGGGAACAUUCACAAAGGACGAACCCACAGCGGUUACUGCAGCGAAGCCGACAGUGGCAACGGCAGCUCCGCCCGAACAGAACCGAAAGAAGAGGCGGCCGUUGACUGCCGGCAGGCCGACGACGUCUGCGUCUGCAGUCACAGUCGGUGCACAGGCCGCAUCCGCCCCCACUUCUGCCAAGAGGGGCACGGCGCGGCGCGAAGCUACCAGCAAGAUCGCUGGGCUCUGGAAAAAGGCUGAAGAAUCAAAAACAAAGCAGAAACAACAGCAACAGCUGCAAAAGAGGGAAGCAAGGGGAGGAGGCAGUGCCGCUUCUCAUGUGGCACAGUCUGCAACAGCACAGAAGGCGAGCUCGACUACCGGGCGAGGGAGGACCGCAGCGAGAGCACCGACGUCCCGGAUCCCGACAGCUGACUCGGUAGCGGCACCGACACGUACGGAGAAGGUGGCUCGUAAAGAGUUGACAUCAGCCACCACCCGAACGGAGAGGGGAGGUCCGACCACAGGGAGAGGCACUACGGGGAUCGCCAGCUCAUUGGCCAAGCCCCGGAGAGUGCGCGAGGAUGCCGCCACGACCGUGCCCGCACAGGCGCCGCAUGCGGCCACCGGUCCCGGCCGACCCUUCGCUCGCCCCGCUAACCCGCGCCCGGCGUCUGCCAUCGUCCAGCCGUUCAAUUACAGCCCGCCGACGUCGCAGAUCCAGCAGCCGUCGCCCGUGAGGUCGCAGAUACCGACGUUGGUCAAGAGGGAGGAACCACCUCUACAACUGAACACUGCGUCGAUUCGCAUCACGACCGUGUAGAAGCUCGGCGCACCAUUUGCGGGACGGUAGAGAUUUGCGCCCUAAAGUGGUGAUACGGCAAUGGAAGUACUGUGCCUGUACAUUUUUCUCUGCUUCAGCUACUGGUCAGAGGCAAGUGCCUCGCCUAGUUUGACGACCGAGUGUUCGGCUGAUAUAACUUGAGGCACUGAUUUCUGUUAUACCUGAAGACACACACACACAGUCUGGUUAACUCAGUCAAACGACCCUAUUACGGAAUGAUUAUCAGUAUGUAGAAGUUUCCCAUCGACUGCUACAUUGCUUGCAGUGUAAAGAAAUUCUUCCACAAAAUAAUAGCCUUAAAAUACUGUGGUGCCAAUUGUAACACAUUUAUGUAAGAUAUAUACCGCAAUGCAGAGGCUUUAAAAAUGGUGUUACUCAUUAAAUAUUUGUGGUUCAAUAUUACAGAAAUUCCUAUGCCUUUGUGCGAUGCUGUUUUUCUUUUGCCUCAUCUUGAAAUUAUGUGUAACAAAGUUCAUCUUCCAUAAAAAUAUUUAUUCUGUCAUGUGGAUGUUGCUGAAUAAUGUGGUGCAAAGCCGUGGCCACACACAACCUCAGUUUCCGAUAAUAAGACUGGUAGUCUCCAAAGUCAAGUGGUGCUUCUAGUUUGUGAAAUGUGGUACUCUGUAAUGAAACCUGAUGUCCAAGCAUCUUCUUCUGCAUUUACUGCUGCUGCUGUUUUCUUUAUUUCACCAUUCGAGGAGGUACCGUCUGGGUCAAAUCUUAGUCGGUGAUCCGGGGAGUUUUAAUUACAGAUUGGGAGGUACGUGUAUGAAUAAAGUUCUGCUGGCUUCGUAUCAGUGAUAAUGAAGCCACUGUCUUAAAUUUUUCCCCUUCCGAGACUUUGAGUGAGCUCAGUAGUUUGAGAACUGGUAAUUCCAGUUCCUUCAGCAUGAAGCUACCUGUUGUAUGUGCCUUGAAUCUCUUCGAUGUCGAGAGAUAUCCUUGCUUGUGUACACUCACUGGCGUGUAUUUCUCAUCUGCCAGAGCUAAGUGUAUUGCUUCAGCUCUGUCCAGAGUCAUGAGUGGUAAUCUGUAACUACAUAAAAAGAAAUUUGCUACUGUUGUCACCUUUUAUUGAUGUGUUUUAACCUCAUCUUGUCUUUCACUUUUUUUUAUUUCUGCCAGCAGAAAGAUUGAAACAAAGCAGGACGGUGCCUUAUGUUAAUAUACAUUAUAGUUACAUUUCACUUCUACAACAGUUUGUAGAAUGGCCUCGCAAAGAGAUCACACUUCUUAUAGUACCUCGUGUAAAAUUAGCUGAUGUAAUUUUUUUUACUAUGUAGGAAGUGAGCAGAGCAUUUGUGGUGUCUCUAACAUUGAAAGAAAAUUUUUGUGAUAGUACCUGUGAGUUUUGUGCGUCAGUUGUUUAGUAUACACUGAGAUAUUUCAUUUUAUAUAAUCGUAAAAUCAAAAUGUAAUACUCAUUUAAAGAUUUUAAUUACUGUAGAAUCCAGCAACCUCCACAAAAUUCUUAUCUUACUCCUGCAUCGCUUGACUGAUAUGUACCUGUACCUUUGUGUAGGCAUAGAUAAUUUUUGAAAGUUUCAUUCCGAGUUCACUAUAAUUAUGCGCACAUGGAAAUACUCGUACACAUUAUUGUGGCCAGGGUGUUAGAACUGUGAAACUUGAAAAUGAUUUCUUUUUUUUAUUUUUGCGAGUGUUGGUGGUGAAUUGUGAAAUGUGCUGUGGUAUUUGUCAGUUGUUAAGACUCGUGACAGGCAAAUGUGGAAGUCUCGACUGCAUGUAGGUACUUAUCGUAUAUUGCCUGAUGCUGCAUUUUUUAUGUACAAGCUGCUUCUGAAAGUGGGUGUUUCUCUUUGGUGAGAAAUGCUUUUUCGGGUGCUUUGGUGUACAGCAAGAAAGGCUGUUAAAUUGUGUGCAGAGACCAUGUUCUUGGUGGCUUUGUGCUUUUGUGAUAUUAGGAGAUGGAGUGGUUUUCAGUGAAAAUGAUUUUUUUUUCUUUUUUUUUUUCUCUUCGCCCCACUGAUAUCUGUCUGUCGGCUUUGUGCAAUUCUCUUCACCGUUUGCAAACUGCACUGUGUAAAGAUAAAGGCAUUUAUAAAGGUCUAAAACAACUGAUGUCUAAUUUAUUGUUGUAAUGUAAGUUGUGUUAAAAACUGUAGUUGUGUCUAAAGCUUGUGUAUCUUCCUUUUUCUUCAGUCUAUCCCAGUGUAAAAUGAUUUUAUGUUAAUUCAGUAUAAAAGUAUUUUAGACAAAA